CCCAAGCCCAGGAAUAUUGUGUCUCUCUCCCUUUCAGGAUCGGGCGAGCUUCUUCUUCCAUUCGCCCUCCAAAUUGUAUCCCCAUUUUCUCAAUGCCAGCUUUUUUUUUUUCGCCCGCGAGCAUGGUGACUUCUUUUUCCUACUUGAGCACACCACCUUGAGGGAAAUCUUUCUGGGAAAGGAGGUCCCCCCUCCCCUGCUUUUCGCGGUUGCUCGUGAAAACAAUGGGUUCCAGACCCGCAGGAAACGCACAAUGCCAUCGCUAUCACCCAGGCCCAUAUACUGUACGCAGUAGAAGACUCUUGGUGUUUCUGCUCUUUUCCAUUUCUCUUUGUGGUGUCUUGGUUCUUGUUUCCGACCUGCGCUUGAUAACGUACGCGCUUGUGUCCAGUAUUAGCGGAAUUUCUUGGCUGGAAAUCACUACGGCUCUUGCCCGUGUCGGCGGCUUAGCCUCAGAUGAGCUCUCCGACGCCAAUACCAACAAAAAGACGUGGCCCCGUCCGCGUUUCCACCUUGUCGUUGACGCGCGGGAAAAGCGUUCGAGUCUCUGUAAAACCCUUUUCUCGGCCGUCAUCCAGGGCUACCCGCCUCCGAUUCUAGUGGGGUACACUGAAGAGGGCGAGGAGGAGGAGCCGAUCAGCCCCGCGGGUUUGGUCAGCACAACACUGGAGGCCAUCUCGACAAACCGUCUCGGCGACGAGGACGUGGUCCUGUGGCUUGCGGCUGACCACUGGGUCCAGCUCCCGAUCGAGGUCCUCGUCAGGCGCUACCUCCAGCAGACAGAGGUUCUGGGCCAGAGGCUGGCACGGCAAUACCCGUUGCUCGGCUUCGAGCAGCGCAUCCUCUUUGCCGCAAGCAAGAGCUGCUUAUACAAGUGCAACGACACGGAUGUCCUCCCAGAAUCUUCACUCCCCCGCGACGUGUACGGCUCCUUCAGGGGAAUCCCGGCGAACAUCAGCUUCUCCCGGCCCCGCUUCAUCGCGCCGGGCGCCUUCAUCGGCCGGGUCAGAGAUGUCGUUCCGUUCCUCAGAGCCACGCUGAAGGUAUUCGACAGCGCUCGCGACGACAAGCUUGACGAGGCUAUCGUCUGGGACCAGUUGUUCCGGAGCCAAGAAGCCGCGCGGCAGCUGCGGUUGAGCCUCGGCCAGACCAGCUUCGAGCGGUUCCGAAGCUCGCUCCUGACCAAGGGCGCCGCCGCCGGUAAGUGGACGGCCACACAAAAACAACAAAAAAUAAAAGAAAAAGAAGAAGCGGGCCCCGAAACCGGCGAUGGGGAAGCAGAGCUCGGGUUCGGCCUCGACUACGAGAGCAGGAUCUUUCAGGACCUGUCGCCGCACAGCGCCGCCGCCGACGUGCAGUUCCUGCGGUUCGACCGCCCGGCCGUGGCCAGGUCGCCCUCGCGGUCCGCAGCGUGCCUCUACGCAGAUCCCCUCGCGCUGCCCCCAGAGCUGCGGCCGCACGGGUCGCCGCUCGCGCACCUCAACGAGUCCGAUUUCUUAAUGCCGUCAUCGUCAUCCCCACAACCACCACCACUGCAACCACCGCAGCCGGACCUCGCGCAGCUCAAGAGAGACGUCCUCUGGUCGACCGUGGCCCUGGCCACCAACGUGGCCGUCCCCCGCGGCAGCAUCCCCGCCGUGCUGAGCGCGCCGCCGGACGACGACGCGGACGACUGGUGGUGGCGGAACAUGUACUUCAGGCCGCACGGCCGGCUCCUGCUCCAGCACUAUCUCCGCCCGAACCGGUACGCCCUGGCCGAGCAGGCCACGCGAGGCGGGAGCGCGUGGUGGAACGCCCGAGGCGGGCGGGGAGGGGUUUGGACGGGCCGAGGCGGCUGGAUUGCCUGGACCCAUAUCUGUGGUCCAAAGCACGACUCGGUUCUGUUCCGAGAUGGAUGAUUUGCUCCCCUUUGCACUAAAUAUGAUGGCUGGGCUGGCUUGAGCAAAGCAAGCUUUCUUCUGACACGAGUAAAAGGGGGCGCGGCCGCAAUAUAGGAUUUUUCACUUAGGAGUCUUCGAGAAACUGCUCCCACAAAAUAGCGUGCUACUUACUACAUAGAUAUCUCAGUAGGUGGUAUUCAUAUGUCUGUUGCUGAACAUGGGGUAAUUACUGUGUGGAACUCGCCCACUAUGAAAAGGAAAAAGUUUGUUUAGUAUUGUCCUGAAAGACAUCGCUUUACCUACAGGUAAGAGGUUAGGUAGCAUUCUAGCCUGUCGAGGGCGGC